CUUCUCUCCUCCAUCUCCCCAUCUCUCCCCAUCUACAACUCUUCAUUUCCAUCUUCAUUUCCCUUUCUUGUGUAUAUGUAUCGUUUUCCCCGCCCUGAUGAAUCUAUGGCCGUUACGACACACUCUUCUUGUAUAUUCCGUGGUUGACUUCCCGCGUUCCCCAGGAUCCCCAGCCACCCUCACCCGUCAACCAGACUUCCUCCUCGGCAGCCCUAAAGUUAACUUAGAUCUUGCGCUAGUUAACUCAUAGCCCGCUGGUAAACAACAAACAAACAAUUAUUAUUAACUACCGCUGGCUUCCCCCCAAGAUCUGCCAUCUAUCGCAAUAUCUAAACCAUAUCUACCAAAUACCUCUUAUCUCUACGAUACUCGCGAUAUUGGUUUAACUUACCCAUCACAUGCUGACAUGAUACUCACGUCCCUCUCAUAAUGCUGCGCAGCCUGCUUGGAAAGGCAAUUGACCCGCCCGCCUCCAAGUCCCGCCGCCGCCAUAGAGACUCUGACGACGUUUCUACCAUUUCUUCUUCUUCUUCCCGCCGUCGCAGAGAUGAUCACAGCCACCGUUCAUCCUCUUCAACCUCCGGGCGCAAGUCUUCUUCCACUGCUACUCCUCAUACUCCCCGGGGUGACGACCGGGGUAUUGACCGUGUAGGAGGAGACGACCACCAGCAUGCGCCUGCUUCAUCCGUCCAUUCCUCUGGUAGAUAUGGUCGCGAUAGUGCUGCCAGAUCAACUACGUCGAGCUAUGUGACGGCAGACUCGAGAGAGAGAUUCGAAGAGGAUUAUGAUCGCCCCGUCCCAAGGUCUGUAAAUGGGCGCAACUACGAGAGAAGCUAUAAUACGCAGAGCAUUGAUCACGAGCGCUCCAGGAGUGGCGAUCGAGAGGAUAGGAGGUAUCGAAGGGAGAGGGAGAGGGAAAGAGAAGAUAAACCUCACUCGCACCGGCGAGCAAGGUCCGAAGUCAUUGUUAAUAAUCCAUCUGAAUAUUCCCGCAGUCGAGCUAGGCCAAUGCCACCGUCAUCCGGAAACCAAGAGUUCAUGGCGGAAAUCUCACAGCCUGGAUUCUCACAGUUUCCUAUGCAAUAUGAUAAUACCUUUCCUGGAGCAACGCCUGUAACCGGACCCUCUUCAGAUCCCCAUCAAAUACCUACUUCACAUCCUUCUUCUUACCCGCCUCAGCAGUUCCCUGUCGGCCCGCCACUGGUGAAUCCAAUGGUUCCAACUCCGGCUCCUGCCGCAGCUGCUGGGGAGGCGGCGGAGUAUUAUGGAGACCAGGGACAGUCAGUAGCGAUGCAGCCUGGCGUGAGGCCUAAUCCUCCAUCCCUCAUUGUUGGAGCUGAACCGCAUUUAAUGGCUGCUUCGUCAACGCCAAAUCCCCCCGCUGAACCAUCGUCCAUGGGACAGGUGGGCCAAGCAGCCGACUUUUAUGGCGAUUCUCCACCAGAUGUUACUAACCAACAGCAGCAACAGAGCAAUGGCUCCGGCAUACCUGUCCACCAUCUGCCGGAGAGACCGCCUAAGCCAUCCAAACCGUCCAAACCAGGGGCAUCAGGCAAACCGCCAGUGGCUGCUGCGGUGGCAGCAGGGGCAGCAGCAACUUAUGGAAUCGGCUCACUGAUUGGAAGUUCCAAUGCCCACCACCCUGCAUCUCCAUCGGCUUCUUCUCACCAUGAAUCAGCACCGCACGCCCCCCAGCAACCAUAUUAUCCCCCGCCCAAUGGUGCACGUCCACCGAAACCCAACAAGCAUCAUUCCAUGCCUGUGGUAGGUGCUGCUGCACUGGGCGCUGCCGCUGGGUACGCCGCUGCAUCAAGUCACACGCCUGCUUUCCCACAGAGACCGAGCACUCAUUCAGGUGUCGCACACCAACAAACCUUCCCAACGGUCCACGCAGGCCAACCGGGUUCGUUAGCCUACCACCAACGCCACCAUGGGCCAUUCAGAAAGUUUAUAAAUUUCUGGAAAGACCCAGAAGCUGUCGCGCAAUAUGAGGAAUACUCCGAAUACAUCGGCAUCUGCAAGUAUUGUUUCGAACCCGGGACUACAUCAAAACAUGCCCCACGUAAACAUCGCCCGUCUAGACGUCGUAGGUAUUCUGACGAGUACCGGGAUAGCCAUGCCAGAGUGGACAAGCUGACUAGAUACCCGUCGUCAUCUGGUGACGAGAGCCGUCGCAAGAGAUCUAACAAGAAAUCUUGGCUUGCGGAUGGUCUUGCUAGUUAUGUUGCCAAGACUCUUCUUUCUGACGGAAGAGACAAGGAGUUUAAUGAUUCGUACAGUAUUCGCUCUGGUCGACCUGCUAGCUCUACGACGAGUACUAGUACUUCGUCUCUAGGGAAGAAGAGUCGUACAUCAAAAGGAACUACAAAUUACUCAAAUCGCAGUCGCUCUCCAAUAAGACUUGACCGGGGACAUGAAAGAGAUGAUCGGAGCCGGAAUAGUGGUGGUUCUUACGAAACGCCCCAUUAUGGGGGUGAGAGUCAUCUUCGUCGACGUAGCUCGCGCUCCCGAUCCAGAUCUCAUGAGAGGAGCCAUUCUGGUUUGAAAACGGCAGCGGCUACCGCCGGAGCGCUCGGUGCUACAUCUGUCAUAUCAUCUAGAUCCCGACGUAGGAGCCGCAGCAGAUCCCCCAAGAAAGCCCGCGGCAGCCGGUAUUCGUCCUCGAGCGGAUCUACAAUUGAUAUUUCUCGUGACUAUAGCAAGCCAGGGUUUGCUGGGCUGGCAUCUUUCUUUAGUGCGCCAUCUGAGAAACGACCAAAGGUGCAUUCGAAGAAGGUGGAUUCUAAGCAUAUGCCAAGCAAGAAGAAGAAAAAAAAGCCAUUUUUCAGCUUCUCCUCAUCUUCUUCUGAGGGAUCAUCUGCGCGUUCGUUCUCGUCUUCAUCCGAUGACGCCGAUCUGGCCUUUGGGACAGGAUAUAUCAAAGCACCACACUCUGUGCGUGGUAAACCCCAAUCAAAAAGGCGCAAUGACGAUCGCGGGGUUGAUGCAGCCCUGCUUGGACUCGGAGCGACCGCGGUGGGUCUUGCCGCCACUGCCUCCCAUAUCAAUGGAAGACGGAGGCACGAUGGUCAUUCUUCCACUAGCAGCUCGCACUCGCCACAUGCGAUCUACACACGUGAGGCUAAGCCUACUACCGCCUCUGAGCGGGUUGAUGAAGAUGGAUGGGAAUCCGUAUCCGAUGAAUCCUACCAGUCUAGUGUUGAUUCUGCGUUGGCGUACGGUGGACGAGCAGCGUCAUCUCUCUCCUCCGACUCGGGCACUUCUAAAUGGGGGUGGAGGUGGGGUAGUAAGAAAAAGAGCUCAAAGCCUACAAAGGAUCGUGCUCAACGACCGGACUUGGGCCAGAACGCUGAACAGGCCGCGGUUGGAGCUGGAUAUCCAUCAUAUCAGACCCCUAGCAGCGUGGGUAGCCUGCCGUCUAUGCAACAUGUUUACCCGACACCAACGCAAAUCCCAUCGCUGUAUGAUGUGACGAACCAAAGCUCUUACUCGUCCCAGCCAGACAUUCAACCUCAAAUACCACCGUUAAUGGCCCAAGUACCUGGCCCAGCUCACAUCCAACACCCUCAGCCAAUAGUCCCAGUAUCUCAAGCACUGUAUACAUCACAGGCAGAACUAGCUCAAACCUACAACGCUCCAAGCGGAGGCCAACCUGCUUUCCCUAGGUCCUCUGGUGGAUCCGACGAUCGCUAUGUCCCUGCCACCGAAUCCCACAUUGGAUACGGAAUUGCUCCACUGGUGGAGAAAUCACUAAGGGAUCGGGACCCCCACCAUGACAACAAUAACAACCAUUCUCCACCGCGCAGUGGGGGUAGGCCUAGCGACGUGCGGAGAAGAGACACUUCCCCUAUAAUUUCUCACACGCGGGAUGAAAGUCCCAGACUGAAGCAUGCUAGACGUAGUACUACGUCUCAAGUCCAGUUCGAUCUUACGGAGGAGCAGGCAGAUAAGGAGCGCCGGCAGUUGCGGUAUGAAGAGGAAAGGGAAGCAAGGCGGCGUGCAAUGGAGUUCCACUUCCUGGCGGAGAAGGAAAGGAUGGAAAGGGAGGAGGAUGAUCGUAGUGUGGAAUGGGAACGGGGCCGUGAUCAUGAACGUGAACGUGAGCGCCAGCAUGGGAUCACGGAUAUCAAACCUUUUGAGAAGGACUCAGCUACUACUGGUAGACGAAGUGAUGUGUCUGGUGACUCUGGCUCUUCCUCGUGGGUUGCUCCCCUUGCGGCUGUGGCUGGUGCGGCGACAAUCGCAUCCUUGGUAAGUGAGUUUGAUGAUAGGAAACGGAGAGAAGAACGGCGGGAGAAGAGGAGGAAGGAGAGGCGCGGGUACGUAGAUGAGAGAGAGCGAGAGAUAGAGGAAGAGGAGGAGAAGGACGGUGUAGUAUCUGCUGUUGGGCGAGCGGAAGCAGACGACCAGAAGAAGGAUCGGGUAGUCGAGACCGAGCCGGACUUUGAUAUUAAAGACAUCCCGACGACGAAGAUCCGCCUGGCGAGAAUGGCUGUCAAUCGUGUUAGGUCAUCGCCUGUCUAUGACAGUUAUGCAGACUAUUUCGUCCCGCCAGAUGUUCGGUCUAGCGGAGAUGAGCACUCUGUUCAUUCCCACUCAGACGUAGAGUCUUCGUGCCCUCCUAGUCCUAAUAUUGUUCUCAUCGAACCGCAGAGUGUCCGACUCGAGAGAGAGAUGGCGGCAAUGUUGGCAGAACAGGAGGUGGUGUCUCACGCCAACCUCCCGUGGCCAGUUCCUCGUCUUAAUUUGAUAAAACCCACCCCUCCACCGAGCGUUGCGCCGUCUGUCAUUGGCGUGGAUGACCAACAGCCGCCGCCCAUACCACCCAAGGAGCCCGUGGAUGCACAGCGGGACAUAUCCCCGUCUCGGAUGAGCGAUCCUGCCAUUGAUAUGGAUGACCAGCGCGUCCGCGAGGUUGAUGCUGCAGAUAUCAUAUCCGAACAUGUUAAAGCUGCAGACACUGUGUAUGAACCGGAGCAAACACAGCCUACCCGACCAGAACCGCAACCACAACCCCAGCCUCAGGAGGGAAUCAGGGAAAGGGCUACUUCGCCACUCGAAAAGGAACUCGAUGGACAACAGCCAAAGGCGGUGACUGAAGGCGAAGACGACUCCGUCGAUGAAGAGAUACCGCGCCACGAGCAUAUGCCCGGUAGCUUCGGAAAUGACUUUGAGUUCGCCGCAACCCUCGCUGCUGGAGCGACGCUCGCCGGGUUCAAUUCUGCUGUUGUCACUGAGGAUCCUACAUAUCAUCAACGUGACUCGCCGCCUGGCUCAGAAGAGGAGGGUGUAUUUACUUCUCUAAUUGCAGAGGCGAUUCUGGAAGGGCGUGGUAGUCCUGCUGGUGGUGUUGAGUAUACUGCCAAGACAUUCGGAUAUGUCGAGGAUGGGGAGGUUGUGUCCUCUGAUGAUGAAGGGUUGAAAAACAAGCGGGCGUCCCGGGCGGGUCGUGGAGAGGAGGUGACGGAUGAUAUUAGUAGUGAUUCGCGAGACUUGACAGAACAGCGUGAGAAGCAGAUGGACACUUCUGCCAUUAGGCCGGUUGCUGAAGAGGCGGAGGAAAGGGAAGAGAAGCCGGCUAAACUCUCGAAGAAGGAGAAGCGGAAGAGAGCUAAAGCGGCUAAGCAGGGAGCUCAGGACCCGGAUGAAUCGUCUGAAUCAGUGGAGAGAUCCGUUUUUGAGCCAGCUGCCAUACUUGACCGGUUCACAGAGGAGCGCGAGCAGGAAUCUAGGAUCGUGGGAUCUCCUAUUGCGGAAGCUGGAGAUUUUUCGCACAUCACUUCCACCACUGACAAGCCAACUAGACGUAAUGAUACCAUGGAUGAUAAUGAGUUUUACGAUGCUGAGGAUGGAUCGCCGCGCCACUUGGGUGAUGUCAAUGGUCAAGAGGGGCAUCGGGAGGCUGGUCCUGCUGUUGUCGGUGAUCGUGACGACGAUAGAAGAUCUCUGAAGGAAAAUGACUACGUCUCCGAGUCGCACAAAUCUGUUUCCGCGUCUGUUCCUGACUCGUACGGCCUCCAUGAGGACCGGGAACUAGGUGACUCUGAAGAGACGGAAAAACCAAACAGAACCGGUCAAGAAGAAUCCACGGCAGAGGAUCAAAGUCGGCACUCGAUGCCAGGGGACUUCUUUGACGAGCCCAAGCAGUCUAAGAAAUCGAAGAAAAAGGCGAAGAAAGCUACCAAGGACGCUGCAUUCAAGAAUAAUAUUGAGCCUGGACUGGAGCGGGGAUCGGGCACAGAAGCGCGAGCUGAAGCUGAACGUACGCCUAGACACACUGUGGAACCUGAUCCUGAGCUCGAGUUUCACACUAUUAGUGCUAGCAGUAAGAAAUCGAAGCGGAACUCCAAGGGGAAAAAUAGACAACGGGAUUCUGAUAACAAGGACGCACCCGCUGGCCCCGCUGCUGGUUCCGACGAAGGGCUCGUCCGUGCCGUUAAGGAAGAUGGCCAAUAUGAUGAUCAUCGUGAUAAUUUUGCCAACGGUACUGAAUCAAUCACCGCGUGGGGCAGGAUGGAAGUAGAAAGGGACGAUGCAGAAUCGGUCGAGUCUUCCAAAUCCAAGUCAGCGUCCAAGUCCGGAUCAAAGCAUCGUCACGAUGAUGGCAACAACGACGGCAGCGAAUCAAUUACCGCUUGGGGCAGCAUGGAGAUAGAAGGAGAAGACGCAGAAUCAGUGAAGUCUUCUAAAUCCAAGUCAUCAUCCAAGUCAAAGUCGAAGCGUCGGUCGAAGCGCGAUAGUGAGACUUUCGAUGAGCAUGCUCCCACAUCCGCUUCUGUUGUGUCUGCACCUGCUAAGGUGACUGAUAAUGGCAAGUCUGAGCGACGUAAGAGCAAGGAUAGCAGUAAAAGGGCCAGCACCGGCGGUGGAGGGUUCUUUGGACUUUUCGGCGCUUCUAAAUCUCGCGACUCCUUGGCUGACGAUGAGACUCGUGCGCCGGCGCGCGAUGUGCGGCCUGAGGCUGGCGUCGAUGAUUUGGACAAUGUAAGUGUUUCGUCCGGGAAGAAGCGGAAAAAGAAGAGAGCUUCGAAGGGGGGGCAUGAGGGUGUUGAGUUUGGCGGCGGUGAUGGCUUAGGUGGUGGUGGUAGUGUAGAAAGCGCGGAGAAGGGUGAAGAGGAUGAGCUGGAAUCGCCGGAUCGCCAGAGGCGGAAGGAUCGAAAACAUCGAUAUGAGGAUAUUGUUGAGUCAGGGAGGAGUGUAGAUGGGCAGAGUAUUGAUGCCCGUUCCAUAAGAUCUAAUGGACAUGAUGAUCAUCACGACGGUGAUGAGGGUAAGGAUUUUACGGAAAGUCAGUCUUUUUUAGGCGCGCGCCCCGAAAUGCCAUUGACGCGUGAUGGUGCUUCGGGGUUACUCGGUUCCCCCCUCCAACCGCAUGACGAGGCAAAGGGUACUGGUCCUGCUGCGCUCAUGCAUUCUCGUAUGCGGAGCAGGUCCACGUCUCCUAUGCCUGGCGAGAGGCUUUUUGAUCUACCAACAGCUCAGUCGCGGAGUAGGCCGGGAUCACCAACGACAGUCGCCGUGGACAGAAGAGCACCAAGGCUACAUAUAGACCCAAGCUCGCCUUCCCACAUUACAUCUUCGCCAACUGCGGUGCCUAUACAUUUCCGACGGCCGAAACUGUCUGCAGGAGCCCCCAAACCGCCAUCUUCAGCUAGCUCGAGUAUGCCAGGGGACGUAGCAGGAUCUCCCACAUCGAACCUUCGUAGCGGUGGUAAACGGCCCAGGUCAACGGAGUUUAAGACCUCCAGGGAGUUUAGGCCAUUGUGGUUAGUGGAGCGGCAUUCCCCUGCGAAGCUGGAUAGACAGCCGGACGAGCCAUAUCCGUCACUUCCUUCUAGUAAAACGACAUCACGGACCUCCUCCGUGGAGGACUUGACGCGCCAUAGCCUUGCGGAAGGUUUCUCUGGAGAAGUUCCUCACGAUUAUCAGUACCAUGUCCAGCAAUCGUUCGGCCAGAAGCCAAAGCGAAGAAGAGCUCUCUCAUUGCAAAUAGACACCGACGCCUCCCUGUACGAUCCUGAUCUCCUAGGAUCGCAGCAAGCAACCCCAACCGCGGCAAGUUUCCAUGCAGCAGCACAAAAGACUAAAAAGGAAAGGCCCAAGCCUGAGUUUCAUUCCCCGUCGGAAUUGCUUCUCGACCCCUUUUCUAGCCAAACGCAAUUGCCAGAAUCUACUACAUUGGAAUCUGUGCAAUCGUCGGAAAAUUCUAUGAGAGGCGAAAGGGCGUUGAUGAUACCUGAGGACUGGGAUAUGGAUUUGAAGGAAUUACCGCCUCUACCGCGCUCGUUGACGGCGUCGCCUGAUCUGAGCGAAUCACUACCCCCGUUGCCCGAGAGCCGUCCUUCCACAUCCCACUCGGAACUUGAGCCUCAAUUCUUCACGCCGUCUGCUGAGCUGGAUGAAGAAUCGUUGCCUCCAUUACCGGAUAGCCGCCCAUCGACAUCUCAUACCGACAUUGGAACUCAAUUGACUAGCGGUUUAAUCACUGGCGCAGGAGUGGGUUUGGUUGCUAGCGCAGCGGCACUGCUCAUGGGUUGGGUGUCAAGAGACGAGAGGCAGCCAGAAGUAGAGGUUACGCCCGAAACUCCUUCCUUAGAUACUGCUGGUAAUAAUCAAGAGAUUACUGCUGCUCCCGAAACUACAAGCGCUGAGCCCAAGAUGGACAUUACGUCUCCUGUUGAAACUGCCCGCGAAGUAAUUGAAGACCCUGUUUGUACGGUCCCGACGCUGGAGGAAGAAGAAGCGCCUCAGCCACAGGAAGCGAUUCAGCCAACAGUGCCCGUUGUUGAUUUAGCUGCCACUGCUCUAAACGAAGAACCAGCCGAGCCUGCUCUUCAGUCCACAGUACCUAGUACUUCGGUCAGGUCCGCUCCCUUCGGACUACUGAAGGCUGAAGGAAAUGAUUCCCAGCCAGCUGCCAAGAAAUCAAAAAAGCCUAAGAAGAACAAAAAGAAGGGCAAGAACGCAGCUUUCCCCGAUGAGACUGAAAUAACGCCUUCUGAAAAGAAACCAUCUACUAGCGAACAUUUAGAGGACAAGGUGACUGGAGAAAGGCAAGAAAAGGUACCCGUUGAAAGUUCGCUGGAAAGGCCUCCUAUUUUAGAACCAACAGAGCCAGAACUGCAAAUCACUGUAGAACCCCCCGCUCCGGAAGAAUUAUCUCAUCAACUCCCAGCCGAGACUGCAGAACCCGCGUCAGAGCUCUCUACUCAGAAGAAAGGCAAAAAGGGCAAGGGUAAACAAAGGGUGAAGGCUGGUAAAGUUCCGCCCAAGGAAGAUACUCAACCAGCUAAGGCUGAGCCUGUCCCUGAACUUCAACCACCUCCUAGCCAAGAAGAAAAGUCAGCGAUUGUCGCACCUACCCCAGUGCAAGGCCCCGAGAAGAUAACUCAGCAAUCAGCCAAGGGAUUGCGUCCUGUUGACAUUCCUCUACCGGAAGACAAUGAUUCGGAGCUUUGGGAGCCCGCCACGGUCGGCCUUGGCCCACCCGAUCAAACAGAAAAGCCAGAAGAGGUGAUUAACUUUGUAGUCAAAAACCUUGACGAGCGAACUGUGCAGGCAACCGAAGAAUUUGAUCCUGAGAAAAUAGAGCUACCAGAUGGCAGGGAUUCAGAACUUGAGGAACCGGCCAUUGACGAAUACGUCUGUGAUUUAGCCCCAGUUUGCCCGGAGGGGGGUAUUAUUCUUCCAGACCACGAGGCUGAUGAGCAGGUUCUUCAAUUGACCAAGGAGCUUGAACCUGCGAGUAUUGCGCUCCCCAAUGACGACGAUCCAGAGCUUGAGGAAUUAACUAAGGAUGAAUCUGUCUCUGGUUCGAGACCACCUUAUCAAGGAGAGUCAACUGGUGAUUUCACUUCUAAUCUGGAGAAGGAAGGAAGAGAAUUAGGUCCGCAAUCAGAUCAAGAACCUAAGCCUGGAAAUACACCUCCACUAGAAGAUAGCAUUGAUAGUGUCCAGCUGAAGGAAGAGUUGCUACCGGCUGCUGAUAAGCCACCAUCUAUGGAUGCGAGCCUUGAUACCAAGGGAGAUAGUUCCCCAGCACCGCAAAAGCCAAAGUCUGUCUUCCCCGUGUUACCAGCGGGAAAUAAUCCUCUUCCUGAGCUUCCUAUUGAAAAGGCCGAUGAAUACACAUGGCACUCCGGUAAGAAAAAGGGAAAGAAAGGAAAGAGAGGCUCGAAACCGACUCCGAAGGAUGAUCUGCCUGAAUCUGGGACAAUUAACGUUCCCGAAAGCCCAGAAGCGGCUACAGGCAAAGAGCCCACUAUCGAAUCUCAAGCUUCGGUCAUCGAUUCCUUACCUCAAGAUAAUAACGAACACGAACCUGGACCGCAGGUUCUAGAGGAAGUUAGCGCCGCAAUGGUACGGGACAUGGAAGGUAAGGAAGUUGCAGAUAUCAUCCCGGCCAAUGAAGUCUCUCCACAUCUGAUAGGUGGAGUCGAUGCACAAAUCGACACGUCUACAAAGGUCUCGAAAAAACAAAAAAGGAAGGAUAAGAAGAAAAGGGUUUCGCUGGAAGCGGAGGAGCUGCCACAAUCAGGCUCUUCAAAAGGCAUAGGUGGCGAGGGAAGGACGGAGGAUCAGCCCGAACCUGAGCAAUUGACCCCGGCACAAGACAAUAUGCAGCAAGCCACACCGCUAGGAUCACCCGAUGAUCCUUGUAAGGUCCAGCAAAUGACGGACAAUGCUCAACACCUAGAACAAUCGGAAGAGCUAAGCAAGAGUAGUUCUGCAUCACGCUUAGCUGAAAAGGAGCGAACUAUCCAAGAUCCUAUAUUGGAAACUACCGAUGAACUUGCUAUAGAUACAGCAAUUGCGGAGAACACCAUCAUUUCAAAGGAAGAGACUGCUGCUGAAGCACUUAAGUGCGAAGAACCGCUUCAAAAUGUUGCGCCUACAGUUGAUACGCAGAAGACAAAGAAAGGGAAGGGCAGAAAGAAACGGCAAUCAGUUACUUGGGAGGAUGAAAUUCCCCAUGCCGAAAGCCACCAGUCAGCACUUGAUUCAUCCCAAAUGAAGGACGAGGAGCCCCCUGUUGAAGUGGAAAUUGAGGGGCCCAAGAACUCUAAAGCAAAGCGGAAGGCAAAGAGGGACAAGAAAAAGCAAAAAUCUUCAGAUUUGACGACAGACGAGCCUUCUGUUCCUCCUGGGGAGCAGCCACCUUUGCCAGUUGAGCCUAUUACCGAAUACCCUUCCGAGAAAAUAGAGCCUUCCGUGAACUUGGAGCCCGAUACAUCUAUAGAACUACCUUCAAGUGCACCUACCAAAGAAGAGAAGACCGAAACACUCAUGGUGGACUCUUUUCAUGGCCCCUCUAUUGCUGUAGAGAAGGUGGAAAUGUUUUCCAUCCCCGGAUCAUGGGCGGACGAUGACGAUCAGGCUCUCGAGGCUCCACAUACAGGCAAUGACACAGCUCCUCGCGAAGCACCGCCUCCCAACGAUGACGGUAAUGAAUUUCAGAUUUCCAAAACUAAGAAGAAGCUAAAGAACAAGAAAAAGUCGAGGCAUUCCGAUUGGACUGAUGAAAAUACGUAUUCGCAGAUAGAAAAGAAAGUGAUGUCUGAAGCGACAGUAUCCGAGUCAUUGCAAGCAACAUCCCAGACACAGCCUAUCCCUACUGAGCCACGUGAGGAAGACACUAUGACACCAGAGCGGCAGCCUUUCCAACAUUUCGCCAAAUCUACUGUUGACCAGAUAAUACCCGAAGCACACAACGCCCAGGACCAAACCCAGGCAGCCGAACAAGAACACUUUUUCUCUCCUAGUGAAGAGCCGACCACACCUGAAAUUCCCGAAACUACUACGUCGAAACCCCUCCCAGAAACUGCAGAAAUCGAUGUAACUGGAGAGCCCUCUGAACCUUCAGACGCCGAUUCCAAGCAAUUGUCUCAUAGGGAAGAAUCAUCUCAGAAGGAAGACCGUCUACCCCAUGUGGAUAGCAAUGAUCCCACUUCGAUUACAGAAGGGACUCAGGGGUCACCAGCCAAUUUCCAUCAUCCGUCCACAACAGAAAUUAGUGAUGUCAUCCGAGAUAACGCUAGAGUGGCUGAAACAACAAAGGAUGGUGAAAGUCCGCUCUUUUCUGUUCCAGCUGACGGAAUUCUUCCUUCUGAAGCUCUUAUCUCCGAAACUGUGACAGAAACGGAGGAUCAUAUUCACCCGACCCCUGUAGAAGCUGCAUCGUUUUUUCAGCCACGGGUGGUGCCCCGAUCGUUACCUGCUUUUAAUGAGACAGGUGAUGAAGUAACCGAUGUGAUAGAUAAAGAAUUGGAUUCUAUAUUGGAUCAAGAACAUGCCAUCUGUCCGUCGAAAGACGAAAUUGAUGACAAAAAACCAGAAUCCGAGAAGUCAGUGGUUGUUCAAUAUGGAGAGGAGCGCAAGGAGGUGCAACCUGAACCUGAACCUGAACUUCAACCUCAACUUGAACCUGGAUCUGAACCUCACGUGCAAUCCGAAUCCACCAGCUUGAGUGUCACAUCAUCUAAAAAGGGGAAGCGAAAGAAGAGCAAGCACCACCGUGAGACUCAAGAUGAUAGUUCUCGCGCCCCUGAUGAACAAGAAACUACGCCUACUCUAGUGGCUUCCACAUCCACAUCAGAGCCGACUCGGGAGCUGACAGCCAAAAUUAUCGACGAAGAAACUGCUAAUUGGGAUACCCCAACAAUGAAGAAGAACAAGAAGAAAAAUAAGAAGUCCCGCGGCCUUGAAGACAAUAUCUUCCCCACUAACCCUCCACAGCCAAUCGAGAUUCUGGAUGCUCCAGAAAUCUUGACAACCCUUGAGCCCCAGGAUGCGAGAGAAGAAGCAAGCCGUGAGUCCUUGGCGGUCACAUCCACGAAGAAAGGCAAAAGGAAAAAUAAAGUGAAAGCCCCUGUUGUCGGCGAAGCAAUUGUGGUUGAUGAGCGCUAUUUAGAUGUUUUAACCCAAACUACGGAUGAUGCGGAUACCUCUGAGCAAAAGGAAAAGUCACUUGGGCGGCAGGAGGCGGAUAAUUGGGAUAUCUGGGACACCACAAGCACUAAAAAGGGUAAAAAGAAGAAUAAAAAGGAUCUAGCAUUUGAGAAAGAUACGACGCAUUCUGUUGAGCCAUCUGUCAAUAUCUUUGCUGACGCUGGUGACGAAUUGAACACCCCCGAACUACAGGAAAUGAAAACUCAGCAACAGGAGGCUGAGAGCUGGGAUGGUCAGGAUAUCUUGACUACUAAGGCGGAUAAAACGAAGAAUAAAAAGGCCGACGCUAUUCAAGAUGAACCUCCAAUUUUGGAUGGGCCAGCGCGCGAAUCCGUUGCAGAGCCUCCUACGCAGAUCGACCCUAAGCCUCAGAUCGAGCAGGUUGAACAGGACUGGAGUGCGACAUCAACAAGAAAGGCCAAGAAGAAAAGCAAAAAGGGCCUAAGAAUUCAACAACAGGUACCUCUAACCUUUGAAUCAGAACUACUGGAAGGUGCAGAGCGUGGAAUAUCUGAAGUACCAACUCACAGCAUGUCAAAGAAGAAAAAGAAGGGCAAGAAGAAGGAUAGCGAUACGGCUCUACAUCAUUCAAAUGACACAGAGGGUGAGGAAACUACAAACGCCGUUCAAAUUCUGGAUUAUGCUUCUGCUGGUAUCGAAGCCGAACCCGCUUUAGGGGAAACCGCACCCAUUACAACAAAAUCUCUGGUCGAGGUUCAAACAAUGGAAACUCGGAUAGAGGAGAUGGAUGUGCCUGGCAAGUAUCGGAAGCCACUUUCUGAACCCCAGGAAAUCGCCAACUGCCCUGAGAUUGCACCAAUGGUAGAUAUCGGGGAAGAAAAUAAGCAAGUCCAAUUCGGUGCUAAAGAUGUUGCCCUUGUUGAAGAGCCCACAAAGACUGAGUUGACGUCUCAGGAGGUGGACGAGAUGGAACACAAUGAUGUCUUUGAUGAACCAUCAAUGAAGAAAUCAAAAAAGGAAAGAGGGAUGAAUAUUAAGUGGAAAAAGAGUGAAGUAGAUGUUGAAGCUGCGACGGAAAAAGAAGUUGACAAUGGGGAGGAGAAAGUAGGACGGAAGCUCGUUGUUGAGGGAAAUAUUCCGCCAAAGAGGUCCCCGUCAAAUAAAGAGAAGAAAAGGAAGAAAGAACUACAACAAUUCGAAGAAGAGCCAAGCAUACAGCAAGAACAAGCCUUCAUCUUGCCAGAAUCUUCUGUUAUUGAGGUUCAUACAACCGAAAAUAAAGUCUCUGCGAAAGAAUCACAAGAGAAGACACCAGCGGCCCCAUCACAAGAAGCACAAGAAGAAGCGUCGAACAUGGAAUCACAAAAUGAAGAUGACGAUUACUGGCCACCAAUUGAUUGGGGAAGGGAUAAGACUUGGAAAGACGAUGAACCUCAACCGCAGUCCAAGUCAAAGGAUCCUGACACUUCAUCCCUCGAUCUGCUUCUUUCGGGCGAUGAGCCACAACCACGCGAGGAACUAUUUAAGCAACAACCAACAGGUGCACGGGAUAUGGCUGGCGAUAGUAUCGGUGACUUUGAUGAAGAUGCGAGCCUCGUUUCUCAGGAAACGCGCGAAAAAUACAUUACAGAUGCGUCCUGGGCACCAGCAAGCAGACAUAUACCCAUCGACUCUGAACAAGUUCAGGUGCAACGGCCGGGAAGUGCCCACAGCGAUGAGCUCCCACCUAUCUCAUUGGAUGAUGACGUCCCUGAAAUUCUCCAAGAUGGCAUUGACGUUGCUGGAAUUCUUUCAAGACAAGACCCCAUUGGAGAGUUGCCUUCUUUGUCCCCACCCCCGCAAUCAACAGACACCAACCGUUCCUUUGAAGGAAAUCUCGGUAUAGAUCCAACCCAAAUGCCGGAGACCACACAACCUCCCACUGAACCUUCAGCAGCUACUGAAACCAAUAAAUUUUUGGCCGUAAGCGGCAACAAGCAGAAAAAGGGGAAGAAAGGGGAAGGCAAAAGGAAAACCACCUUUGGCGAAGACGAAAAUGUGAAGUCUAUGGAUAAACCUCAAGGUACGCUUGGUACAGAGGGGACACCCAUGAAUUCAAACAUUAGUAAGGUGCAGCCCGAAACAGAUAUUGAACGCUCCGCUACAGUUGUAGAGACACCUAAAGCAUGGGAACCCACUUCAGAAUUUGUUGUUACUGGAAAAGCGGACGACGUGGAUGAUUUCUGGGGAGUUGGCAAGAAGAAGGAAAAGAAGAGCAAAGGCCGCGAGCAGGAACAGAAUGUCAAGCAAGAAGCCCCUCUGGAUGAACACAAGGCUCUAUAUCCAUCGCUGGUGGAAGUUCAAGAACAGCCUGCUGUCACUGCGUUUACCUUGUCAAGGGCGCUAGAGGAGCCAGUUCAAUCUCCCCGUUCCGGAGUGGUGGCUAGCGUCUUUCCAUUUCUUGAACGGGUAUCUAGAAGGCAACCCUCACAAGAAGCGGGCUCUCAUGAAUCUCCUGCACAAGAGAUAACGAGUCAAUUUGCGCAAGGAACCUCGACCACUCUUACUGGACAACAGACGAUCUCGGAAAAAGAGCCUACAUUUCCACGCUUCGUUGAGCUAGCGGUUGAUCGUGAAACGAUUCCUACGUUUGAAGAUCUUAUAAAACGUCGGCCAAACCUCGAUCCUAUCCCGGAUGUCCUUGCCGCUGGUGAAGGUACCGAUCGUUCAAUCGAUGUGAGUGACAAGUAUUCCAAACUUGAAUUGCUAGCCAUCAAAGAAACCCGCAAAAGGGAGCCGUCCGCUAUGGAUCUAGCCUUAAAGAAUAAAUCCUCUACAACUUCCCAUUCUCCUUCGUCGACGCGAGUUGACGUGGAGCAUUCUAGCCCGGUUUCUCGUGAACCUCCCCGAGACAAACCGCAACAACCUCCUAUAAUUCACGACUACUCUAGAAGUGUACUAAGCGGGCCUUCAACUACCCCAUCGGAUGGUUACCGCCCACUGCAGCAAAAUCUGGUCUCUGAUUCUCAAACCCCUUCUUCGGAACAGCCUCGCUCUAUAUUUGGAGGCCCCUACGGAGUUGCAGGUGAUCACCAUGUUGUAGUCACCCCUCCACGAACACCGCUCGCUACGAUCAAGGAGUAUGUUCCCACGGAGUCUCCACGCAAUGCACGGGGCCGUGAUCUUUCUAAUGUGGGUUCGCGUGACCGAGGGGUGAAAGCGGCACGACAUACAGAAAGUCCACAACUAGCAAUUGGACGGAAGCACAUUCUACCACAGCCUACGUUUACUCCGGCUUCAAAUCUAUCUUAUCCGGGCAGUGAUUUGGCCGGAAGGGCACCGCUACCUCCAACCGCUCAACCAGCCACUUUGGACGUCCUUAAAAAGCGGCGUGUCGAGCGGUCACCCAGGGGCGAAAAAGGACGAUCCGCCAGCCAUCCAUACACAGAUGAUCUGAGUAUCCCUGAACACCACAAGGAAACCACUCGGUCUGUCAGUGCGGGAAGCAUCGUCUCCGCAGGGGGAUAUCCAGGGCUGCGUCGAGUCCACAGUGCAAGAAGUACCGACCUUAGGGCGGCGAGCAAGGAAGCCCAGCCAAGAACACGUGACCGUGAUCUCGACGUGGAGGGGAUUCCUUCGUCCAGCUCCUACGACCCAGUGACCGACAAAGGGAAGCGUCCGGUGCGUGGCAUGGAGGAUGUCUACGUAGGUCAUUCAGAAGGCUGGGGGGACGUACCGGGUUCCCCGCGAUCGCCAACCCGCCCACCCAGCGUUCGAAGACGACGCAGCUUACAACACCUCCAAGACCUCGAAUCCCGCCUCGACCAGCUCGUAUCAGAGAAUCGUUUACUUUCCACCGCCAAAGCAACUGCAGAGAAAUCCCUCGAAUCCCAAGCUAUCGCCCAACGACAAGCAGAGAAAGCGCUACAAACACGUGACCAGGAUAUCCGCAAUAAGGACUUGGAGAUAAAACAACUAAAGAACUCGCUCGAAUGGUUCCAGAAGGAGGUUGUCCGCUUAACUGAGACUAGCGAUGCGCUUGCAGCAACCAAUACACAGCUGGCCGCCUCGCAUGAGGCUGAAGUGGGACAGCAUGCCGAAUCCAAGCAACUCUUGUUCGAAUCGCAACAAGGCUUGAGGGAGCUUCAGGAACAACACGCUCACCUGGCUUCUGGCCUGGAAGGAAUUGUACAAAACGAGAUAAACACUGUUCUGGCAGAAAAGAACGCGGAAAUCGAGCAUUUACGCGAUGAACUAGCCGAUACGCAGGACAAGAUUAAGCAACUUCAAAUACAGAUCAUGGAGACCAUGGCGGAUGACGUGCUUAUUUACCGAGAUGAAGAUUACUUUGAUGCACAAUGUCAAAAGCUCUGCCAGCAUGUACAGCAGUGGGUGCUACGGUUCUCUAAAUUCUCAGACAUGAGGCUAUGCCGUCUCACUAGCUCAAUCCGUGACCCGAAAGUUGUUUCCCGGUUCGAAAACGCCAUCCUUGACGGCUCAGACGUCGAUACUUACCUUUCCGAUCGAGUUCGACGGCGAGACGUGUUCAUGUCAGUGGUGAUGACCAUGGUUUGGGAAUACAUCUUUACGCGAUAUCUCUUCGGUAUGGAUCGGGAACAGAGACAAAAGCUGAAGACUUUGGAGAAGCAGCUGAGUGAUGUCGGACCGCCAAGCGCCGUCCAGCAAUGGAGGGCUACCACACUAGCGCUACUCGCUCGACGAAAUGCGUUCCAUGAACAGCGGGCCAGUGAUACUGAAGCUGUUAUCCAGGAAAUCUACCAUACUCUUUCGAAACUACUCCCACCUCCCCGAGAAUUAGAAAGUACAAUUGUUGAUUCGCUGCGGAAUGUCAUGCGAACAGCUGUGGAACUUUCAAUUGAGAUGCGCACCCAGCGGGCAGAGUACAUCAUGCUUCCACCUCUACAACCAGAAUACAAUUCCAAUGGCGAAUUAGCCCGCAAAGUCCACUUCAAAGCCGCGCUCAUGAAUGAGCGGAGCGGCGAGACCACGUCGAAUGAAGAGCUCGAAGAACAACAAGCGGUUGUGAGAAUAGUGCUGUUCCCGCUGGUAGUGAAGAAGUGCAGUGACGAAGGGGACGGUGAUGAGGAGAUAGUGGUGUGUCCGGCUCAGGUACUCGUGGCACGACUGGGGAAGGACAAGAAAGUCGUACGAGUGCUUAGUGGUGACCGGAUGUCCAUUGACCAUGGAAACCAAUCGAUGCAAAGCUUUCCGUCCAUCAGCAUGGAUCCGGGCAACGUAAUCUGAGGCGUCACACUCGGUAUGAUGCUCGUAGUUCAUGUGGGAAGUACAAAUCAUCGCAAUGGAUGGACAACUUCUACUUCAACAUAAGAGGUGUUUCGUUUGCUUCGUUUGCUGCUUUUUCCGUGUUCUUAUAUUUUUUCCUCUUUCUCUUUCUCAUAUCAGCCGCUGCUAUCGCUACAGGUAGGCAAAAUGGGAGGGUUAGCAUUUGCCUUUUUUUUGAUGUCUGUUAUGCUUUAUUUCCUAUGUAUGUGCCAUUUAUUUCGGGAUUCCCUCGAUUGUUUGUUUUUGUUAUUCCCCCAGUGUUUCCAUUCAUGUAUAGAGUGCCGACGAUUUAUGACGACGAGAUAUGACCAAUAACUGUAUGUUUGUUACGCGUAUAGUUAUAUGUAUGUAUAGUUAAUUUAGAGAAGAUGUAGUUCUCCUCUUUUUCCUAAAAUAAACAAGUAAUGAUAAUUGCAUUCCUAUAUAAUAUUUGA